AUGACUGCAUCCCUGGUCCUAGAUUCUGGCAAGUUGCCACUUAUGGAGCUCAUGUUGAUGGAGCUUAUUUAUGCCAAGUGGUUGUGGCUUAACCAUGCCAUAAGGGAUUUUCCUUUUUCUUCCCUCCUUCCAUGGGCUAACCUGAAUCUCUUCCUUAAUUGGCAGGGAAUCAAUUCAUUUACAAAGUUGAUCAACACAUACUGCUUGGAUGUGGAAGCAAUCUUAUCUGAGCUUGCAAGCAACACGGAUCUUCCUGAAGUUAAUUUUUCUCACUUGGAAACACUAGCCCACCAAGUGGAGGAGAAGAGCAUGUAUAUUGGCGCUGAGCAUGUGAGGCUUGCAUGUGCUGGUCUCAUUCAGGCUUGUCGGCAGAUGCACAAGAGAAAUUUCUGCUGUGCACUUAGCUGGACAGAGUGUGAAUUUACUCGUACCCGGAACAAGUUUCAGGCCUGUGUUCAGAUGGAAUGGAAGAUUAUGAGGCUUGAGAGCAAAAAGCGACAGAAGUAAAUAUUUAUCAGCUGUCAUGUUCCUUGAUUCGUGUGCAAGAAAAUGUGUUAAUAACUUAUGCAGUUUGUUGUGGAAAUGAUACUAGGUAGAAUAUAAGAUCUACUGCAGUUUAUACAUUUGGACCUGCUGCUUCAUGCAGUUUGUGCUUUAUCAGGAAAUGCCAUAUUAGGAAUGAUGCUUCUGUUUA